UCCGGGGAGAGACUCCUCCCCUGCCGUGCCCGUCUACAGACAGAAAGUGAACAGACAGCUCUUCCCUGUGUGGACCUGAUUAGCCCGGCUCUGGGUUCGCCCAGGGGGCAAAGUCCUGGUUGUUGUUGAGACAAGUUCAGGGGUGAGGGCUGGGCAAACAGGGCCAGAAGCCACUUCCAGCCCAAAUGCUUCCUGCGUCUGCGGUGGGGAUAAAACUGCACCUGCCGCAGUCUUCGGGUUGAUGUCAGGGUUAAGCCCGUCGGUGAAGUUCAAGUGCAGAGCAGAGUCUGCUGUGACCGAGACUAAGGCCGGGCAUUCUGGGAGGUGGGGGUGGAAGUUACAGGCAGAAGGGCCCAGGGUAUGGUCUCUAAUGGCUGGAGGAACUGGGGACACGGAGGGGCGUUCACAGGGAUUUCGACAGACCUCGGGAAGCGGGCCCGCUGGGAGCCAGGACCAUCACUAAGACAGCCAAAAUCUAAUCAGUGUCCCCGGGGCGGGGGCCAUAAUCAUGGUAAUGCUCCAAUUACCAGCUCUCCGAGGUCAGUUUCCCCGGUGGCCAAGUUCAGGGCCUGCAUAAAGGACUCGAGGGAGAUUCUGAGCCAGAAUGGGUCAGUGUUGAUCCGGCUGUGAGAGGUGGAGAAUGGUAAUUCCUGCUUGGGGGUCUGUGUCCACAUCUUCAUCAGGGACGGCUGCAUUCAGCAAAUACCCUUGCCCCCCUGCCCCCGCCGGGUGUGCUGAGCAUGUCCUAGGUUCUAGGGCCCCAGCCACGAACAGGGUGGACACAGCCUCUGGCCUUGUGGGCACUGGUGUCCUGGGGGGGGGGGGCUUUGGACAUGCACAGGACACGUGUGUAUGUGAUAAGCCACGAGGACUGAGUGCUGAGCAGAGAAAUGGGCUUGCCAGUGACGAGGGGGCGGUUAGCUGCUACUCCAGACCACGAGUCUGGGUUCACACGUCCCUCGGGCUCCGCCUCCUCCUUGGGACCUGUGGGGACGUUCUGAGGAUGGGCAUGGCUUCCAGGUUUCUCCGUGGGGCCUCCCCACCUCUGCAGGCUUCCCAUCGGCAGCUUGGACUCAAUGUAGGUAUAGCCAACCUGAGUGUCCCCAAGACAGUGUCCCCUCCAGCCAUGUCCCGUGGUCUCCAGCCCGCUCCUGGCCUUCUCAGACAAGGCUCUGUCUCUCUCUGCACAACCCCCUGGGCUUCAGACACAGCUGAUGACUCUCAGGCCUGUCUCCAGCCUGAGCCUUCCUUCUGAGCUCCAGGCCAGUAGAACAUACUGCCUCCUGGAUGCCCUCCAGGGGCCCACCACCCGCUUGGACUCGCCACGUCCACAGUGUGGCCGGGCAUGUGAUCUUUCUGGCGCCACCCAUUGCCACCUACUGCCCAGCCUCAGGCCACUUCCGCCUCCCAGUCCCCUCCCCCCAUCACCACCACCCAUGAGCAAGUUAACCUCUACCUCCCACGCAGGGCUGAGUCUGCCCGUCUCCUCCAGCAGCCCCUGCCCUCCUAACCCAGCCACAUGGGGCUCGAACCCCCAGCCCUUCUCCACACACAAGCUGGAGUGGACUUUUCAGGCGGGUGCACAGCUUCUCUCCUGCUUAACAGCCUGCCCUGGGGAUGGACGGAGUCUGAAUCACAUGCUGUGCCUGCUUCAAAGUAUUGUCCUCUGGCCCUGUGACCUCUCCUUUCUCUCUGGUGCUGUAGCCAAGGGCCUGUCUUGUGGGGAGGGAGCUGGGCUCUGCUCCCCCUGCUCCCUGGCUGUGCCCUCAUCCUCAUGCAUCCCUUCCCCUGACCUUUCCCUCUCCUAAGACCCGUCAGGAUCAAACAUCGUAGUCCCCUCCUCACAGGGAGGACUUAAAGCAUCUCGAACAGCGCCUGGCACUAAGGGGGCACUAGCCCCCCUUCAAGCCGGUUUGCGGUCAAGAGAGGGACGAGGAGUGGAGAGCAGGAGGCCCUGCACCCCAUCGGGCUCAGGAAGAGCCGCCGGGUCACUUCCCGACUGCUGCUGGCUUCUGACAUUUCAAGACUUGCCACUCACGUCCUCCCAAAUAAAGACAGGUAUCUUAGGAUCUCCCAAUGGGGUGGCUUUGCUCUGGGCUCACAUUCCCCGUGAGCUGCCUGAUCCUGGUGUGGGUAGGAGGCUCUGGGAGCGUUAAGGUCCUGCGGGAGCCCAGCUGCUUCUCCGACUACAUCAGCGUCUCCGUCUGUCAGUGGGAGAUGGACGGGCCCACCAACUGCAGUGCCGAGCUCCGUCUGUCCUAUCAGCUGAACUUCAUAGAGUCCGAGAACCGCACGUGUGUCCCCGAGAACCGAGAAGGUGCAGUGUGCGUGUGCUACAUGCCCAUAGAUGACGUGGUCCAGGCCGACGUCUAUCAGCUGGACCUGUGGGCUGGGAAGCACCAGCUGUGGGGCGGCUUCUUCCAGCCCAGCAAGCAUGUGAAGCCCAGGGCCCCUGGGAACCUCACGGUUGACCCCAACGUCUCCCACAUGUGGCUGCUGAUGUGGACAAACCCAUACCCUACCGACAAUCACCUGUACUCCGAGCUCACCUACAUGGUCCACAUUUCCAAUGAAAACGACCCCACGGACUUCAAAGUCUAUAAUGUGACCUACAUGGAGCCUACCCUCCGGGUGGCAGCCAGCAGCCUGAAGUCUGGCGCUUCCUACAGCGCCCGAGUGAGGGCCUGGGCCCAGAACUACAACAGCACAUGGAGCGAGUGGAGCCCCAGCACCACGUGGGUUAACCACUAUGAGCCCUGGGAGCAGCACCUGCCACUGGGCGUCAGCAUCUCCUGCCUUGUCAUCCUGGCCGUCUGUCUGUCCUGCUACAUCAGCAUCAUCAAGAUUAAGAAAGGAUGGUGGGACCAGAUUCCCAACCCAGCCCACAGCCCCCUAGUGGCCAUAGUCAUCCAGGACUCACAGAUGUCACUGUGGGGGAAGCGGUCCCGAGGCCAGGAACCAGCUAAGUGCCCACACUGGAGGUCCUGUCUUGCCAAGCUCCUUCCCUGCUUGCUGGAGCACAGCAUGGACAGGGAUGAGGAGGGCUCCAAGACGGCCAGAAGCGCGCCUCUCCAGGCUCCGGGAAAAUCAGCAUGGUGCCCCGUGGAGGUCAGCAAGACGAUCCUCUGGCCAGAGAGCAUCAGCGUGGUGCAGUGUGUGGAGCUCUUUGAGGCCCCGGUGGAGAAUGAAGACGAGGAGGUGGAGGAAGAUAAAAGAAGCUUCUGCCCAUCGCUCCAGGACAGCGGGGGCGGCUUCCAGGAGGGCAGGGAGGACAUCGCGGCCCGGCUGACAGAAAGCCUCUUCCUGGACCUUCUUGGUGGGGAGACUGGGGGCUUUUGCCCGCAGGGCUUGGAGGAGUCCUGCCUUCCUCCUCCUUCAGGAAUUGAGUGUGCUCAGAGGCCCUGGGCUGAGUUCCCGGGGACAGAGCCCCAGGAGGCGUCACCCCGGGGCUGGGAGCAGCCUCUGCACCCCGAGUCUGCUCCUUGGGCCCCUCUGACCCAGAGGCCGGCCAGCCCGGCUUUCCCAGAGAUGCCCCCCGUCGUCACAGACAACCCCGCGUACCGCAGCUUCGGCAGCCUCCUGAGCCAGUCCGCAGCUCCCGGGGAGGGGGACUCUGACCCAGAGCAGACUGAACGGCCCAGGGAGGUGGACCCCAGCGUCCCCUCCAUCCCCCAGCCCGAGCCAGAGAGCUGGGAGCAGAUUCUGCGCCAGAGUGUCCUCCAGCACCGGGCGGCCCCAGCCCCCGGCCCCGGCAGCGGCUACCGGGACUUCGCAUGCGCUGUGAGGCAGGCCGGUGUCCCCGAUGCCGGCGGGGUGGCAGGCUUUGGCCCUUCUGGGGACGCGGGCUACAAGGCCUUCUCCAGCCUGCUCCCGGGGACAUCUGGGGACGAGGCCAGCCCUGGGGACGGGAGCUACAAACCCUUUCAGAGCCUCCCUCCGGGCGGCUCGGGGGCUCCCUUCCCCGUCCCCCUGUUCACCUUUGGACUCGAUGUGGAGCCGCCACGCGGCCCUGGGGACCCGCCUCUCACAGACAGCGCCCCAGAGCAUCCGCGUGCAGAGCCAGCAGGGAAGGCAGGGGACAGGUGCAAGACCCUGCUGGCCCCGGAGCCAGCCACAGACGCCCUCAGGGACGACCUGGCUGGCAGCAUCGUCUACUCGGCCCUUACCUGCCACCUGUGUGGCCACCUGAAACAGUGGCAUGGCCAGGAGGAGCGUGGCAAGGCCCACGCGGUGCCCAGCCCCUGCUGUGGCUGCUGCUGUGGUGACAGGUCCUCGCCGCUGGGGAGCCCCCUGAGGGCCCCAGACGCCUUGCCAGCGGGAGCUUCCCCGGAGGCCAGCCUGUGUCCAGCCUCCCUGGCACCCCUGCGCGUCUCAGGGGAGGACAAGUCCUCCCCGUCCUUCCAGCUGGCCCCCGGCAAUGUGCAGAGCUCAGGCCAGGGCCCCGGAAAGGUGACCGUGCUGUCCGCAGAGCCCACGUGCACGAGCGCUUCUUAGGGGUGUCCUCUCAACGCUGCGGUCCGCAGGGCAGGACUGUGCCUGCCACAGCUGGAAGCCAGCCCUGGAAGGUGGCUGGGCUGGCAGAGUGAUGAGGGACUUGGGAGACCCCAGUCUGAAGUGGGGAGGUGGUCCGACGCAGGGAAACAGACCAGACCGCGCGCCCCAAAUCUCCCAGCCUUGGCCUGGGCUCAGCACAUCCCAUGGGAGUGGAUGGCGUGCGGAGCGGGCCGAGGCAGCUUCAGAGAUCGCGAAUUCCUUGGGAACCUCGGCUUGUGCGCCAGCCGUUGGCCUCUUCGUGGGUCCCCAGCUUGUGCAGGGUGCUGUUCCUGCCAUGCCCCCCGCCCGCUGCGAAGCCUGCUUUGUGCACCUCCUCACCCUGGAACUCCUGUCUUGUCCAGUUCUGGGAUUAGCUGCUGCUGUCCCGUGCAUUGGACGCCGAGCCCAGAAACGGAUCAAGCCAGCCAAGGGGGAAGGACUUGGAGGCCUUGGGAAAUGGAUGGGUAUUGAAGUCGGGGAAGGGUCCUCAUUGGCCCAGGGGUGCCCAUUCACCGGACAGACCUCCUUUGGGUUGACAUUGGAGGCGGGAUCUGGGUUGGGGGGGAUGGGGCCCUUCAUUAGGAGUGGGCGACAGACACAAAGGGACACAGACGAUUGUGGUCACCAAGUUUCCGUCAGGUUCCCACAUGACCGUUAAGACUGGGGGGUGCUCCGGGGAAGCAGGGGAUCCCCAGAAUAAACACAGCCAGCCACUUUGGGGCCGCUCUGGGCCUGCAGCCACGGGAGGCCAAACGGAGGGAACGCCCCCCCCCUCCACGGACCCAGCCUCACGGGGCGGUCCAGACGGUCCACACCAGGCACACUUCGCCUGCACAUUGACCUGCCCCCUGGGUUGAGUAAUGCUUGUUUGCAUCUCAAAGAUUAUUUUCUCACCUGGGGUGUCUCAGCAGGGGAGGGUGGAGCAGGAGGCUGUGGCGUUCGGUAUAAAUAAAGGCUCUUUAUCUCUUCCCCGCCCCCCUCCCCCCUUUAUUAAACAAACAUACUGCUAGA